UUCUUCGUUCAUAAUCUAGGUUAUUGUAGCUGCACUUAUUUGUAGCUGCAUUUCGAAAAUCAAUUUGUAAAAAUGCGUUGGAAAAUUCCGAAACCUUUUUUUUACGUUUCUGUGGCGGCGACUGCUGUUGGCGUGUCAUGUUUGACAAAAGAUUAUAUGGGAGGCACAAAGUAUGAAGGAAAAGAGAAUCUGGCUGGCAAGAUUUUUAUUGUGACAGGAGCCAAUACCGGUAUUGGAAAGGAAAUAACUGAAGACUUAGCGAACCGUGAUGCAAAAGUUAUUAUGGCAUGCAGGGAUAUGGAAAAAUGUGAAAUGACACGUCGAAAUAUCGUACUUGAAACAAAGAAUAAAUAUAUCUACUGUAGGAAGUGUGAUUUAUCAUCCCAAGAAAGUAUAAGGAAAUUUGUAGAGCAAUUUAAGAAAGAAUAUGAUAAACUUCAUGUACUUAUCAAUAAUGCCGGUGUAAUGAGAUGUCCAAAGACUUAUACAAAGGAAGGUAUCGAAAUGCAAUUUGGAGUAAAUCAUAUCGGACACUUCUUGCUUACAAAUUUGCUUUUGGAUGUCUUGAAAGCAUCUGCACCAUCGAGAAUUGUAAAUUUGUCAAGUUCCGCUCAUCGUACAGGUCAAGUAGACACAAAGAAUUUAAAUUGGGAUAAAGAUUAUGAUGCUGGAAAAGCUUAUGCUCAGAGUAAAUUAGCUAAUGUUCUUUUUACCAGAGAACUAGCAAACAGAUUAAAAGGAACUGGUGUUACGGUAAAUGCUGUCCAUCCUGGUAUAGUUGACACGGAAAUUACGCGACAUAUACGUAUGUAUAACAACUUCUUCACACGAAUAUUCCUGAAACCAUUUGCUUGGCCAUUCAUUAAAGCUCCUGCACAAGGAGCACAAACUGUUUUGUAUGCGGCAUUAGAUCCCAGUCUUACAGAUGUUUCUGGCUGUUAUUUUGACAAUUGCAAAAUUGAGGAUGUAUCUAACGACGCUAAGAAUGAUGAUCUGGCAAAGUGGUUAUGGAAAGUCAGUGAAAAAUGGUCAAAAUUAAAUAUUACAUAAUUAAGUUUCUAAUAAAAUUGUAUAGUUGUUUAUUAAAACUUGUUUUUA